UACUGGCUGAAAUAUAACAUGGUAGUUUUAAUACACUCCAUCGUUCCAUCGUGUUUCUCGUGCAGUCACAGGGGUUGCUAGGCGACAGUAGCCAUCCACAGUGCCGUGAACCGUGUUGUGUGUUUAUCAGAAGUCACAGUCACGUUUAGAAAGGCUUUUUUGUUUGCUUGUUAGAUACUCUGCUCAACUGUCUUAAAAUACCUAUCUCAACUUCCAACUACAGGACAACUUUAGAUUACCAGAGGCGUUCCUCAGCCAAAUGAAGGGUCGCUCACCUUGACCAUCUUAAGUCCCAUCAUGGAUAGAAUGAUAUAGGACUAUUCGGAGUUUUCACGUGACGUCAUAUUCUAAGGAAAACGCUUCCUCGGAAGGCAAACAAGCGUUAUUUCCCGCUGCCUGCCAACCAAUAUGCAAGUGAUACACGGUUACUUUGAGUUUGUUACUUUUUGCGUUGCCAAAAUGCUGGAUGGUUGUUGUGCUUUCGGAUUUACCAAGGAGGAGACAAGCCUGAGCUGUGUUAGCCAGACGUCCAUGUGGAGACCGUGGUUAUCCAGCAGCAGGGAGGGACUGGAGCCAUGCCCAAGGAACAAGCUGUCUUGUCCUUACUCAAGACCCACAGUGCCAGGCUGCCUCUCGUCAGACGGGAAACCUCAGGCCUUCCAGCACCCUGUCAGGCUUUUCUGGCCCAAAUCCAAGUCAUUUGACUAUCUGUACAGCGAUGGAGAGGCACUGCUGAGGAACUUCCCUAUUCAGGCAACCAUCAGCUUUUAUGAUGAGUCUGACAGUGAAGACCAGGAUGAGGAGGACUGGGAGGAGGAUGGCAACUCUGAGGAGUGCCUCAAACAGCAGUCUCAUGUCACCUCCUUCAACUGAGUGGCACAGAGCCUCUCUGUCUUUUAUUUUUUCUUUUUGUCAGAUUAGUACACACUGGAAGAGCAAAGAUAAGAAAGACUAAUCCACUUUUUGUCUUACAAUUCAGCAUGAUUGUGUUUCAAGAAGUCGUCUGCCUUCAUACCUCUCUAACAGGUGUGACCUAAGGCCCUCAGAUAUGCUUAGAGGAUUAAUCCUGCAACACUGGGGCAAACAUUUAAAGAUUUGAGGGGAGCAGAAUCUCAAACUAAUGUGUAGAAUUAGUAUGAAUUAUACUACCCACUGUACAGUAGUAUGCAGAAUAUGUUACACACUGUUCUUGUUUCAGUGUGUGGUGAGAGAGGGAAGCCUCAGCGGUGUCAUGUUCUCUCUUUUUGGGAUAGUUAUGUUUCAGUCAGUCUCAGGGUCUGAUCCUUCCCAGUGUACAUAGAUUGUACUUUCCACACUUUUUUAACUUAUGAUGUACAUAACUUGUAAAUAAAAACAUAUUUAUGUUGACUUAUUUUUUUAUACAUUUGUGCAUCAGUCUCAGUGUGUACUGUCCAAAUAAUGUCCCAACUAAAAAUAAAAGAACCUAUUUUGGGAAUGAA